AUGCCAGCACCACAAGGCCCUCCCUCGCUUCUGGUCUUCGGGACAGACUGGAACGCGGCGCCGCAGCCGACUUUGGAGCGGAUGCGCGCCGUGAGCCCCCGCGCGCACAUUGUGGGUGGCAGCUACGCUCAUGUGCCGACCUUUCUGGUCCACGGAACCGCUGAUGACCUGAUCCCGUGGCAGCAGAGCCGUGGCACGUACGAUGCGCUGGUGGCCCGGGGCGUGCCGGCCGGCUUGGCCCUGGUCGAGGGGCCGCCGCAUAUCCGUGACUUGAGCAGCGAUCCGGAGUCGGAGGGGUGGAAGGCCGUGCUGAGGGCCAAGGUGGUUCUUCGAUACCAGUGGUGA